CGGUCAAGCGAGGAGGUGGGAAAGCCUUGGGAUGCGGAGGACUGUGGGGAUCAGUGGGGCAGGAUGAUGAUGGACGACGACGGGCAAUCACCACGGACUUGGUGUCCAGUUUGGAAUCUGGCACUGGAAAGGCCCGAGAUAAUAAACAAUCAGCAGUUUCCUCAGCUGUAGAGAAAGCUUAUGAUGCCGACGUUAAGGGUUGCUGUUUAAACUGGAAAAGGUGAAGGCAAAUAUUAAUUGGGAAAGGAGUCGAUGAUCAACACGACACAUUUUUCUUUACAACACCAAAGUCUUAAGUGUUUCUUUCAAACAAAAAGAUCUCCAGCCAACGGAAGGAGUAACAACCGCACUGCAAUGUACCGCACAAGAAAAAUUCAGGAGAAUCUGAAGAUGAAAGCUUGUACAGAGAACCAUGAACCAUCAACUGGGUUAUAUUAUGGUUCAUUACCUAGAUCAGUUUGUACUGGCAAGUUCAGACAGAACACAGUACAGUUGUGGUUAGACAGCAGCACAAGGCACAAUGCAAAAGAUACGGUCUGCAACCAGCGAUUGGCGCAGACCAACUUGGCCUGUGUUUCUCAAGGCAAUGGACAGCCAUUGGUGCCUCUAUUACCAGCAAGUGCUUCAUAUCGUGGACAGCAGUCCAAUGUGGAACACUAUAGACAGAAUCAUAACUUCCAAAAUUCCAUCAGAGACAAAGGAAAUACAAACUCUACUUCCCUUGUGGAAUCCAAACAUUCAGAAAAAGAGUGGGUUUGGUACUUACAGGGAUCUGAGAGAAAUAUGAACAUUAAUUGGAAUAAGAGAUUUGCUGAGAUUAUAAGCAAAAUCAACAGAAAACAGAAAAAAUACUUUCAAGGGCAAGAGAAUGUAACUCCAAAUCAGUUAAGCAGUCAGGGCAUUCAAUGUACAAGUCGCUUGGAAGCCUAUGAUUCACUGACUUCUGAUUCUCCAAGUCUUUCUCUUUCUCAGGGAGGUUUUGCAAAUAAAAGCCAAUCAUUGAAAAAUGGACAGUCCAACUCACCGCACUCCAUGUUUAAAUCUUCCCAAGCAUCUUUAAGUCUCCAUCGCUCAAUGCUCAGCCUAGAUGAUAGUCUGUGUAAGGCAAGGCCUAUUUCAAACAAAUCUGCAGAUAUUCGUGUGACCCAAAAUCCUUUAAACUAUUUGAAUUUGCCUCUUGGAAAUGAAAGGGAGGAAAUGAAAUGUUCAGUAAAUAUGUAUCCAGAUAAAUGCAAAGCACAAGGUAUUUCAAAGAUACCAGCCUGUGAUAGUUCUCUUUUACAUAAUGGUUCUCUUCUGAAUGAUUCACAUCCUCUGUUGCAUGUGCGUGAACAGCAUUUAAACACUAAGAAUUUAACUUGUAUUUGCAACAUCCACGAGAAUGCUGACAGUGGUAUAAUCAAUUCUGAAUCAGAUGUUUGUAAGGAUGACUGUCACAGAACCUCUCAUUUUAUUAUUUCUGGUAGAAAGACCCUGAAAAUGUCAGGCACACUCACUUUGCCUAACAAGGACAUGAACAAUUCACAUGACUUUCACCAUGCUGUGUGUCAAAAGAGUGCAGGCAUUUUAUGUCAUCUUCCCAUAAAGUCUGACUGCAUGACUGAAAUGGAGACUAAUCAGAGAGUGCCAGAAGAUAGAGAAAAAUCAGGUACUGAAGACAUGUUCUCAAAUGCUGUGGAAAUUAGAAAAGAAUUAUCAGAAAAGUCCCCAGAUAAUUUUUUGGAUCCCAGUCUGAAGUAUCAAGUUAAGUCCCAUUUUCCUAUCAUCAUGAAUAAUACUUACGCCACACAGCACAGAGCUGCAUAUGAUUUGUGGAUACUGGAGUCUGCCCAGACUCCAGUUUAUGAAGAUCCUCCUCUAACACCUUUGCAGAGCAAUUCAUCCCAGGACAAUUUCUACAGGAAUAUACAGAAGGAAAUAUUAAACCUGAAGUCAACAGAAGUUGGAAAAAGAGCAAUGGGAAAUAGCCCGAUCUCAGAUUAUUUUAGAAAUUCCACCCCUUCAAGAGGAGAGGAAAAUAAUAAAGGAGAAAAUGACCUCAACAUGAAACAAAAAGAUAAUAGCACUUUGUACAAUAGGGUACAUGAUCCAAUUCUAAAGGAAUUUUUAAAGGGCAAUGUUGCAACAAAGCAGCUCCUGCAAACAUUCCCGUUGAUGGACAGCAACAUGCUAAAGAUUAUGAAACUUCGUGGAUAUUCUUUGAAUGAUAGGACAAAGACACCAGUGGAGAGCUGCUUAAAAUCAUAUCACAAAAGACUCCUAUCACGGUGCCUUUGUGCUUGGCACAAUUCCACGCAACAGCGCUACGCUUCAGCUAUAUCGCUGCAGAAACGCCAGUUAUUGAGGAAAGGGUUGCAAGCAUUGCAUUGGGCUGUACAGUUCACCCAAAUGCAGAAGCAAUUUCUGGAGAGAAUUCAAUACAGACGAGUCCUGGUUCAUUGUUUUAAUCAAUGGAGGUGUGCAGCAAAUGCUAGCCAAUGCCAUCUGACAGCCAGAGCUCCAAAUGCAGUCAGCAAAUCUUGUUCUGUUCACCUGGGGACGUUGGCCACACUGCAGCAGAUACUUGGGACGAACAUUUACAGAUACUGGCAGAAACAAUGCAAGCAUUUACAACAUGAGGAUGUACAGUCCCCGAGUUUAUCCGGUUUACAUAGCAAGGUCUGCUUUGAGGCACAGGCACAGUUUUUUGCACAGGAUUGUGCCUCCCAACACACCUUAUUCAGGAAUCAUGCUAAAAUAUUGGAGAGUUGCUUCCUACAUUGGCGCACACUAUUACACAUAAAACGUGGGAAGAGAGUGGCUAUACUGCACCUACUUCAACUGUGCAAUACAAAGCUGCAGCAACAGACUACAGCUGUUAGUUGUCAGAAUUAUGGGAAAGAUAAUGACCACAACAAAAAUGAAAGAUAUGAAAUGUCUCUUCAACUGGACGACGUUCAUAUAACUCAUGAAGAACUACAUUCACAUGGAGGUGUUUGCCUUGAACAGUCAUCUCAGCCACAAUUCCAGGACAGUAGAGAGGAGCUGCACAAACUUCAAAUAGCUAAGAUCACAUCAUGGAACCAAUUGCAGGAUGUUCUGAAACUCUGGCCUGAAGAAUUCUUCAAACCAUGUCUGCAAGAAUUCAGUAAAUACCAGCCUGUGCAGAACAGCACUGUUGCACUGGGUGACGAAGAAUUUGACUGCAGCUCACUUGAACAGAGCGCUCUGCAUUAUGGAACAGGACCAGCAAACAGACCUGGCCUGGAGCGAGCAAGGAAGUGGCUACAGGGCAAAUUGGAGAAGCGUCUGGUUGAAGAGCAUCUGAUGCUCUGGGCUGCACGGAUACGGCAGGUGGAUCAGUUUCACAGUCGGACCCUGCUGACACGAGUACUUCUAAGUUGGAGCAAGUGGAGGCAGACCCGCCAGAGACGUCGGGAAUUGGUUGCUGGGUUUUCUUUUGGCCGGCAGCGCGGAGUUGUGCUGACUCUUUGGAAAAUACGUUUAUUACAAAAGCAUGAAGCUGACAGAAGAUGCAGAAAGGUGCUGUGUCAGAAAACUCGAGAGGCAAUGUCCCAGUGGCACCAAUAUACAGAGAAGCGAAAACAAGCCCAAGGUCUCCAGGCUCAUUUCCUUCCUGUUCAUGCACUGAGGGUGAAGCUUUUGACUCUUCAGACCUGGAAGCAGAAAGCAGAGACACAGAGAAAUGUGAAGAUAAUGGCAGAUAUGCAGGUGCAAAGAAGAUAUCUGCGGGCUUGGCACUGUGCCACACUUCAGAAAGGGAAGUCGUGGCAGAAGCUGUGGACAUUUCAAACUGUACGAAACCAACAGGUCCUGUUAGGGGCUUUUAGUCAGUGGAGGUAUCACUUGGAGCUGCAGCACUUCUCAGAGAGUCACAGGAAAUUUAGAACAGCACAGAGAGUUAUUCAGUGCUGGAGGCAGAGGACGUUACUACAGCAGGCUGUGAGACAUCGAGCUACAAUCCUCAUUCAAACAUUGUUCAGCAGAUGGAAGGAAGCUAUCAGAUUAUCCCAGCUGUCCCAUCAGAUUGCCGAGAACAUUAAAAUGAGGCAACUGAGGCUGCUGCUGCUUGCCUGGGCCAAAUUGGUAAAAGAGCGAAAGGAUGAAAGCGUGAGGCAGAAGAAGGUGAUUUCUGCAUCACAGCACCAAGUGAAGCAGACUGCUUUUUGUCAGAUGGCAACAUUAUAUCGGAAGCAAAAAGAGGCUGUUUUGUUCUACCAUCUAACUUUACUUCGCAGGUGCCUUCUCACUUGGGUUGGAAAUGUACAUCUGCAGAAGCACUGGGCAUUGACUGUAUCAGCUCAAGCUUCAUUGUUGCAGCUUAACUCCGCAUUUGCAAUCUGGAGAACUCAAUUGCACUUUCAACGUAAGAUGGCCUUGUUCGUGCAAGGGCAGGCUAAGCAAAUCCUGCACAAAGCACUGAAAACCUGGUACAGCGAGUUGCAGGCACUUAGAUAUCAUGCCAGAUAUGUGUCUCAGAAAUUUCUGUCACGAUGGAUUGUUCUUGUGAAGGCACAGAAGCAGCAGGGCGCAGAGGAAUCUCGUGCAGAGGAACAGCACAGGAAUCAAUCAUGUAAGCUAUUUUUAAAAAACUGGCGGAACCAAACAUUCCUACAGCAGUUUCUAGAGAAAAAAAGGGUUGAGAAGCUUCAGGAAAUCUGGAAACAGUGGAACAGCUUCACUAUGAACAAGCUGGUGACCAGGGGACUGUAUGAGAAGAGGCCGGAGGUGAAGGCGUGGCAGUUGUGGCGUAGACGGUUCAUACAGAUGCAGGUGUCACAGGCGUUUGCAGCCCAGGACAGCAGGAUCCUGAUGUUGGAUGUUUUCACUACCUGGUACAGAUCGGCCUUUGGAAAACAGAAUUGACCCAUGAUGUUGGUGAACCUCAAGCUCACUCCUAGUACAGAUUUGAGCUUCUCACUGUGUUUGUUUGUGGCGAUGUACAAUGCUGACUAUCAAAACCUCUGUGUCCAGUGUCAAGUCUGUUCCUGUCUGUCAAUUGGUAAGUUUGCAUCCCAUUGGACAGGUUGGAGAAGGUACAUUUUCUUAGACAUACUCUAGAAGGUCCUAACUUCAUGCUUUGCAAUAUGAUGGUAAUUAGACUGCAUGCAACAUCACAGAAACCAGGGUUGGUUUGGGUGACCUUGUGAGCUUACCCAGCAUCUAGUUCACGGCACUUAGAAUUCCGCUGAGGAGAAUCUUGUGGUUCAAUAUAUAGUCAAUUUAAAAUUAUACAUUAAAUGUCUGUGUUUUCUCUCCACUCUCACUUAUGGUGAACCUUUAUCUAUCAGCAUCUAGUUUUGAGAUACCUUUAACAAGUUAUACUUGGGGCAUGUUUCUUUACAAAACUUACUCUAAAUUAGUUCUUGUGUAUUUAAGUAUUUGUAUUCCUAUUUCCUCUGUUUCAUUUUGAUGAAUUAAUGGAUAUUAUCCAGUAUUUGGGGCUUUUUACU